AUGGUUUAUGACUUUUUAAGAUUAGCUUUUGAGGAUUUUGAUAGUGCGUACAACUGCAAUCUAUUUUUAGAGCUGAUUAUGAAUGAAAAAGGCCUAAAAGUAACGCAACAGCCAGAGAAAAGUGGAAAGAUUUUUAGAAGUCAGUUCUGGUUUAAUAGUGACUCUAAAGACAACAAAUCUAAUCCGGAAACAAUAAAGAGACCAGAAUCUUCAGUGAGUCGUCAGUUUCAGCCAAGAAAGCAACAAGGCCUAACAGAAACAUGGGCAAAACAAUCGCAAGAAAAUGUUGAAAACGAAAUUGAGUUAAUUCUGCAGCGCGAUGAUCAAGGAUUCAAUUAUACACCAUUCAAAUCAGCUCCAGUUGCUCGAGCAUCAUCUAUCAACAUGCUUCGAGAAGGAACACCAAAUCCUCCGGGAGCGCAAGUUGUUCUUCAGCCACAAAGUUUGGAACAAUCUAACAGAAUGUUAGCACAGGGCGGAUUGCAGUCGGUUUAUCCACAACCAUAUAUGCCCUCACAAUACCCACUUUAUGGAGUGCUUCCAAACAUAAAAGACGUUCAUGCAUAUCAUCCAAAAGCACAAAUGUCAACGAUGAUGCCUCGCCCUAUGUCAGGUACCUUGUGGAAAAGUCCAGCAAGUGCUGAACUUCCUCCUCCACCGGGUCCUUAUCGACCUUCAAGUGCUAUGAAUGCUUUACCAGUUGCUCGUUCAAAUUCUCGUGCAGCUAGUGAGCUUGGCUUAGGUAAUAACUACAUAUUUAAAAAAAAAUUUUUGAAUUUCUUUUUCCACCAGCAAUUGUACAACACUAAAGAUGAACAGGUGGAAUACGAUCAGCAGUCAAAUUAUGGUAGCGAAAUUGAGCACAUGGCACAACAAAUAAAUAUGCUUUAUGGUUCAUACAACAAUAAACCUCAUGAUAUAAAUGUUAAUGAUCAAAAACUGAACAGCCAAGGUGGGCAACACAGAGGUCCACAAACGAUGUUAGCUGGAGCUCCUGGUAUGGCAAGCGACUAUAUAAAACCACGACUUUCUAACGGUAAUAACAUUAAUUCUGAUGCUCCAAUCGGGACACUGAAUAGCGAUGAAGAAAUCUUUAGAACACCGAAGGAUAUUGUCUAUUUUGAUGGACUGUCACUUUUGUCGGUGUUUCAGGUUGUUUGUGCCAUUGUAAUUUUCACCUGUGGUGUUCUACGCAUUAUAUGGCAUGCUAAAUGGUCUCUUGGCGUUGAACUUGCAUAUGCUGUCGUCGUUUUUAUCACUGCAGCUAUCGGUAUAUAUGCCAGUAGUAGAAGGUCAUACUGUUCGGCAGCAGCUGCAUUCGCGCUUUCCGGCAUAAAUUCGGUUGUUGGACUUGUGCCUCUUGUUUUUGGUGUUUUACCAGCUGUACCAUUUAUACUGUCGAAUACAAAUGUAGAUUGGUUUGCUAACGAAGAUGAAUCUUAUUUAGUGGAUUAUUUGUUAAGCUUUUCCAGCUUUGUUGAGAUUGUUUUGGCAACAAUUUUGGCAAUCUAUGGCUGUAAAUCGAUGGGUGCAACAAUGCAACAAGUUGAGAAACUGCGAUUACACGCCGAUAUGAAUGUAGCAUUCGAUAACUCGUCAAAUUCGAUGCGCAAAAAUUCUGUACCAACCGAAAAGAAGAUGCCAUUGCAGUAG